GUGUGUCAGGCAAUACUGCAGUCCCAGCCUCUUCUUGCAUUCAACCCCGCUGCUGCUGCAACUUGAGGUUUGCUGCCAGCCAACUUCUGCUGCUGGCUCCGAGCAUUGCACAGAGGCAGCGGGACCCUUCCUUUACUCCUCCUUCUUAUCCAGGUUGAUUGUUUCCCCUGCCUGAAGUCCCCAUGAGAUCCCCGGAAGGUCUCGGGCAGCGAAGGGCCAGCACAUCUCAAUGGGAUGAUGUCCGCUCCUGGCCGGCGGGGUGCGAGGUGGAAUACCGCUGGGAAUGAAGCGCACGCUCGACAUUUGCUGCAUCUGCCGGCGAGUCAGGGUUCAGUGGCUGCGUCCCCUUCACCCAGCUGUUCCCUUGAAUCAGCGCGCUUCCAACUUUCCCGUUGCCAUGCCUGAUGGCCAGCCCAGCCGGCAGAACUAGCACGGGAUUUUUAGGACCUUAUACCCUUCGUUUCCCUAUUUCUCUCUCGGACUGGCGGGUCGCACGUUAAACAGCCAUGUAAAGACACUUCUUCCUAAAGGAUUGCUUCAUUUCUGAGUCCUCCUAAGCUGGAGUGCCCAGGACGAUUCUUUCCCUGUUUUCCCGAGGAGCGGCGUGUACGCUGCAGCUCCGCUCGGUUGGGGGAGGCAGCCUGAAAGUGAGCCUGAGCUGGCCGGAAAGUGAUUCCAGUGCAGGCAGGGAGAGGGCAAGGAGCGGCUGGUGCAAUUAACUGAAUGAUCUGAUAGAUAACAGCAGACAUGCUUUGUGGACUGAAAAAGGAUUUGCAGUCAGACUUUGAUGAUGGCCCUUAUUCAAAAGGGAGCAAGGACUCUGGUGGGAUGGACACAGCCCUGGUCUCCAGGAGGCAAAGCAUUCCAGAGGAGUUCAGAGGGGUCACCAUCGUGGAGCUGAUUAAGAAGGAAGGCAGCACCCUCGGGUUGACCAUUUCAGGUGGCACAGACAAAGAUGGAAAGCCGAGAGUCUCCAACCUGAGGCCAGGAGGACUGGCUGCAAGAAGUGACCAGCUGAAUGUUGGGGAUUACAUCAAGUCAGUGAAUGGCAUUAACCUGACCAAGCUACGGCACGACGAGAUCAUCAGCUUACUGAAGAACGUGGGUGAAAGAGUAGUGCUGGAAGUAGAGUAUGAGCUUCCGCCAGCCGUGCCAGAGAACAGUGCUGGCAUUAUUCCCAAAACCAUCGAAGUGUCUCUCUACAAGGAAGGCAACAGCUUUGGCUUCGUGCUGAGAGGGGGAGCCCAUGAAGACUGGCACAAAUCCAGACCGCUGGUGCUCACCUACGUGAGGCCAGGUGGUCCAGCAGACAGGGAAGGGUCCUUGAAAAUUGGGGACAGGCUGCUGAGUGUGGAUGGGAUCCCUCUGCACAGCAUGACCCACGCUGAUGCCCUCAACAUCCUACGCCAGUGCAGCCAGGAGGCUCUCUUCCAGAUCGAGUAUGAUGUGACCAUCAUGGACACUGUAGCAAAUGCUUCAGGUCCUUUACUAGUUGAAAUAGCAAAGAGUCCGGGGUCUACGCUAGGAAUCACACUGACAACAACCAUGCACCGGAACAAACAGGUCAUUGUCAUCGACAAGAUCAAGCCUGCCAGUGUGGUGGACAGAUGUGGCGCACUGCAUGUUGGUGACCAUAUUCUCUCCAUUGAUGGCACGAGCACAGAACACUGCUCCUUGUUAGAGGCAACUCAGCUUUUAGCUGCCACUUCAGAAAACGUGAAGCUGGAGAUAUUACCUGUUCACCAAAGCAGGCUGCCUUUGAAACCUCCUGAAACAGUCAAGGUGCAGAAGAGUGACCACCACCACUGCUGGGACCCCUGCAUCAACUACUGUCACACCCACCACCCCGGCCACUGCAAGACACCCACUUGGAACCAGGCAGCUGGACAGGAUUACUGCAAAUCUCUGGUGGCUGCCAACUUCUCGUCUCCCACCAUGAACGCACAGGGCUUCCCGUGCCAGAACUCGAACACGCUACCUCGCAGCUCCCACCCCAUGAGCCCCCGCACCACCAUGCUGAGGAGGAGGCAGAAGAAGAAGGAGCACAAGAGCUCAUUGUCACUGGCCUCCAGCACAGUGGGUCCUGGCGGGCAGAUAGUCCACACGGAGACGACAGAGGUGGUGCUCAGGGGAGACCCUUUGAAUGGCUUCGGACUUCAGCUCCAGGGAGGCAUCUUUGCUACCGAAACCCUGUCUUCCCCACCUCUCGUCCGUUUUAUUGAGCCCGACAGCCCGGCAGAGAGGUGUGGGCUGCUACAAGUAGGAGACAGAGUCCUUUCUAUCAAUGGCAUUGCGACUGAGGACGGGACUAUGGAGGAAGCAAAUCAGCUCUUACGUGAUGCUGCGCUCACGAACAAAGUGGUGCUCGAGAUUGAAUUUGAUGUUGCAGAGUCUGUUAUACCCAGCAGCGGUACUUUCCACGUUAAAUUGCCCAAGAAAAGAGGUGUAGAGCUUGGAAUUACAAUCAGCUCUGCAAGCAGAAAGCCUGGGGAACCUUUGAUCAUCUCUGACAUCAAGAAGGGGAGCGUAGCACACAGAACUGGCACCCUGGAGCCUGGAGACAAGCUGUUAGCCAUUGAUAACAUCCGACUCGACAAUUGCUCAAUGGAGGAUGCUGUGCAGAUUUUAAGGCAAUGUGAAGACCUGGUCAAAUUGAAGAUUAGGAAGGAUGAAGAUAACUCUGAUGAGCAGGAGACAACUGGUGCUAUUAUCUACACAGUGGAACUGAAGCGAUACGGUGGUCCCUUGGGAAUAACCAUCUCCGGGACAGAGGAACCUUUCGAUCCUAUUGUCAUUUCGGGCUUGACUAAACGAGGGCUGGCAGAAAGAACUGGAGCCAUCCACAUCGGUGACCGGAUAUUAGCGAUUAAUAACGUGAGCCUCAAGGGCAAACCAUUGAGUGAAGCCAUUCACCUGCUGCAGAUGGCAGGAGAGACGGUCACGCUGAAGAUCAAGAAGCAGAUGGAGAAAUCCUAUCCCAGGAAGUCGGGGAGUAUAAAUGAAGUGAGUGACCCAGAAGAUGACCUGACUGACUCCCAGAAAACUAGCAAGCUGUCUGAGAUAUACUCCAGCACAAUUCCCAGCAUGGACAAUGUGAUGGAUUCCUGGGAUGGUUCUGGCAUUGAUGCUGGGUAUGGAAGCCAAGGUACGUACAUGCCUCAGGCUGCAGGAAUAGCCCUCCAUCCACAUGAAUGGAGACACAGCAGGCAAAAGAGCAGCACCCCUCCGGGGGACCCCAGGAAAAACUACCCCUACAUGGAUGGAAGCUUCAGUGAAGAUGACUGGGACAAGCCCAGCAGAUACCCCAACCGCCAAAAUGGCCUUGAGACCACUCACGAGGAUAGUUUUUGGCGUGUUUUUGGAGAAGCUUUGGAGGAUUUGGAAACAUGCGGCCAGUCUGAGCUUUUGAGGGAGAUUGAGGCAUCCAUCAUGACAGGGAGUGUGCACAACCUGGGUUUGGACAACAGCAAGCUGCUCCUGGACUCUGUCAACCCCUCGGGACUGAGCCCGUUGAGGAAGGCAAACGCCAGCUGUGAGGAUGGACAGACUGAGAGCAGCAGCUCCCCUGCCAAGAAGAAUGAGAGGAACCUGGAUGUGAAGAAGAUUGAGAAGGAGAUGCAGGAGAUCAUGUCCCCUACCCCCCUCGAGUUUCACAAGAUGACACUCCACAAAGACCCGGAGAGUGAAGACUUUGGAUUCAGUGUGUCGGAUGGCUUGUUAGAAAAAGGUGUCUAUGUAAAUAUGGUCCGUCCGGAUGGGCCAGCAGAUCAGUGUGGCCUCAAGCCAUAUGACAGAGUGCUUCAGGUAAACCGCAUCCGAACGAGAGACUUUGACUGCUGUCUGGCUGUUCCCCUGAUUUCGGAGGCUGGAGAUAAGCUGGACCUGGUGAUUAGCCGGAACCCCUUGGCACUGGCUGCCAAUACUCCCCAGGAGGGGACCAGAGAGCUGCCAACACAGGUAGCCCAUGGUACCGAAGUCAAGGCGAGCAUCCAGACCCUCUGAGCAGCAGGAGCAGAUGAUGCCCAGGGCCUCCACUGAGCCAUUGUGGUAUUUGGGGUGUUCUUCCUGUUUUUUGCACUGGUAUUUGUAAAUGCUGUGUGUACCAUAACCUGCAGGUAGGGAGGUGGGUCUUCAGACCACCAAAUAGUGCUGGGAAGGUUGGAACUGAAUGCGCAUCUCGGGCCACAGGCAGUGAUGGGGUGAGCUGCUGGUGGGAAGAAGGAGCAUCCACAGCCAUCCCCCAUGGCAUUGGAGUGUGCAGGGUCCUGCCUCCAGCAUCCUCCUCGCUUGGAGGGCCUUGGCCAUCCUAUAAACACACAUGGUGCUAUUUUCUUUCUUGUUUGCUUGGUUUAUCGCAUACAGCAAGACUGAAACGCCUUUUCUGUUGUGCUCCAUCCUUCAGACACUCCUGAUUGAUAAACUGAUUUCUGCAGUCCCAGUGCAGGGCCAUGGAGAGCCCUGUUGAAAAGACAUUUCAAAAUGUACUUUAGAGUGGUGGUGCAAUUCUGGUUCAAAACUUGGUAUUUACAGCUGCCUCUUGCCACCCCUUCUUGUCCAUGCUCCCCACCAGGGUUGGCUCACCCUGCAGUGGGAUGAAGCACCUCAUACUGCUAUCAGUUCUCAUGAGUGAUGUGGUUUCCUGUGCUGGAGUAGUUAUUAGAGAGCAGAAGGCCAUAGUCAAGGCUAAAAGCCUUGAAUUAGCUGCCCAAAUCCCCAUCCACCUCGUUUCUCUGGGCUUGAUGGAGAUCUCUCUUGCUUGCAGACCUGGCCUGUGCCCACAAGUGAACAGCUUGAAGAACAGUGAUCUUUCCAGGGCUGCCCCUGAUGUUUUGAGUUAAUAAAACCUCAUUGUCUCCUAUCAGGCAGUGGCAUGAGAAGCCCUUCAUUAGAUGGAGGUUGUGUCCCAUGUGGGCUUGGGCUCUGUGUGUGCCCACAUGGGUUUGGCUGCUCGUCCCUGGUCCACCCCCCUUUGCCUGUUGCUGGCCUUCCUGUGGCUUUGCAAGCAUGAUGCCCCAUGGUCGCUCCCCUGUUCCCUGCCAAGAGCUCCCAGCCCCAUGGGGAAGAGGGGCCACGAUGUCUGCAUCGGUGUCCUCAUCCGCCUGCCACCUUUCAUGUAUUAGCACUUUAUGAUGCAAUGUAUCAGGGUGUUUCUUCCAGACACGUGCCCGGCCCCAUCCAGCUAGUUGUUGUCGUAGCCAUUUUCUCUUGGAGUAUGCAAUAUCCCAUACCAUUGCUGCCACUACUAGAUAAUGUGCCAUAAUUGAUACUGUGGAGCAUUGACAGUGCAGCCGAAAGUGGUUUUAUAUGCAAUAUUCUGAGCAGUGGAAGCUCUCAUAGGUUUUUAAUGAAGACUUUUAUUAAAGGCUUUAAAAAAAAACAAAACAAAAGAAAAAGGAAGAAAAACUUGGUCCUUGUAUCCCUUCCUAUGCAUUUUGAAUGAUAUGAAGAUGAACUGCAUUACUUAAAUGUGUAUUUUUAUCCAUAUAUUAGAGUGUAUUCCUUGUAAAGUAUUUUUAUAUGCUGAUUUUUCUUAUGUAUCUAUGAAAGCACAAUAUUUAAAAGUACAGCAUUUCAAAGAAUAUUUUAGUCCUGUUUCGGACCUCUUUGUAAAUCUCUGUAUUUAAAUGGGAUUGCAAUGACUUUUUCUUUUUUUUUUUUUUUCCUUUUUUUUUAAUUAAAUAAAAACAAAUGAAAUAC